AUGCGAUUCGGAGGUCAAGGACCUGAUCGCAAUGUACAUUAUUAUUUUAUAAUCAGCCCAUUGGUCAGUGGUCACAUUAUUAAUGAUCCAGGCGUUGGUGAGUGUUUAAAAGAAAAUGAAAACGACUCAGAUUCUAAUUCUCAAGCUGAAGAACAAAAAAGAUAUUCUGUGGAAAAAAUAUUAAAAAAACGUAUAAAAAAUGGCAAAGUGGAAUAUUUUCUCAAAUGGGAUGGUUAUUCAAAGAGUACUUGGGAACCUGAAGAAAAUCUUGAUUGUGAUGAAUUAAUUAAAGAUUUUGAAGAACAAUCAAAACUAAAAGAAGAAAAUAGAAGGGAACAACCAAUGCGUAGCCGUAAACGAACGUCAUCUAACUCAACUGUUACAAGUUAUGCAUCGUCAGAUGCUGGUCCAUCAAAGGAAUGUGGAAAUAUAUCACCUUUACGGAAAAAAAAGAUUGAUAAAGUUGAUAAGUCAGAUAAAUCCAAUAAGUCAGAUGAGAACAAAGAUAAUGAUAAUGAUAGCGAUAAGGUUAAUGUUGAAGAUGAGAGUUGGUCAGAUUUGUCAAGUGAUAUUUCCGAUUCUACGGCUUCUCCCGAAAAAGUACCAGAAAAAAUUGUUGGUAUAACUAAUAAUUUUGACGAAUUGGUGUUAUAUAUGAAGUGGAAAGGAAUUAAAAAACCUGAAAAAAUUCCAGCUGUAGAAGCUAAUGUAAAGUAUACCCAAUUUGUUAUCAACUUUUAUGAAGAAAGACUUAGAUGGCAUGAUGAAGAUGGAAAUAUUAAAGAUUUUAAUCAUAGUGAUGAAGAUGAAAGACCAUUUUAAUAUGGAUAAGGAAGACAAUUUCAUAAAAUGGUAUUUUUUUUUUUCAGUGA